UGAAGACGCGCGGGGAUACUUUUCCUUUCUCCUUAUGUCUUUUCCCUCACUAUGUCCUGAUUUGCAGCAAAGGUUUUUUUUUCGCCAUCAUAUACUAUAGGUGCAACGAUCACACGAAACUCGACACUCGUCCAUGCAGCACAAGAACAGCCAAAAGGAUAAAUGACUUUAUGUAAGACAGGAGGCUUCUUCUGCGACUCAUGUAGAAUCCAGAGCGUCAUCGUGGUUUUUGCGGAGAGGCAUUUUGGUGCAGGAGACCCAGAGGAUAAUACAACUGUACUGCUUGCAUUUGCACAAAAGGAGCGCGUCUGGCUGGAUUCAAGCUGCAGUCCACACCAGCUGCAGUGGCACAACUGAGAGAGAAUGCAUGUAUGAUGAGCACUGGUUUUGCCCUAAACUCUGCAGACUUCACAUCCACAAGUGGAGUGUUUUUGCCACCACUUCACAACUACAAUGAGACAACGUGGCGCAGGGGCUGCAUGAGUAGAAGUGGAAAUGUUGCCUGUGGGUUAGAAGUGCAGUGAGGCAGCGGGACAGUGACUUCAGAGGAGAGAACCUGCACGCGAGUGAAUGUCGCCUCUGAUGUGGAGCUUGUCGCUGUCCGACGCGCGCGUGGUGCUGAAAUUUGGAUGAUGCCUGCCCUGCGAUUGCAAGGCUGCCGCUCCCUGCACCUCAACGAGGACAACGGCCGCUUCGUGCUGCUCGCCCUCCUCAUCAUCCUGUACCUGCUGUGCGGCGCUGCGGUCUUCUCGGCCAUAGAGAGGCCCUCGGAGCUACGGGCUCACGGCCGCUGGAACGGGACGCUCCACAACUUCAGUGAGACGUUCAACAUCAGCCUGCAGGACCUCAACUCCUUCCUGCGGGAGUACGAGGCUGCCAUCGCCGCCGGGAUCCGGGCUGAUGCCCUGAGGCCACGAUGGGAUUUUACAGGGGCUUUUUAUUUUGUUGGAACUGUUGUGUCGACUAUAGGUUUUGGGAUGACGACACCUGUGACCGUUGCAGGCAAAGUGUUCCUGAUCUUUUAUGGGCUUGUGGGCUGCGCCGCCACCAUCCUCUUCUUUAACCUUUUCCUGGAGCGCAUCAUCACACUGCUGGCUGUGGUGAUGAAGGCUGUGAGGGAGCGAAGAAUCCGGAACAGUGGUCUGCUUCCUCCAGGAAUUCGCCAUGACUUCUCGGCCUACUCCAUCCCUGGCUGGAAGCCCUCUGUGUACCAUGUGAUGCUGAUUCUUGGCCUGUCAGCCAUCACUAUCUCCUGCUGUGCGUCGGCCAUGUACACCCCUGUGGAAGGGUGGGCAUAUUUGGAUUCCCUCUACUUCUGCUUCGUCACCUUCAGCACCAUCGGCUUUGGGGACUUCGUCAGCAGUCAGAGCGCAGAUUAUGAAUACCAAAGCCUGUACAGGGUGGCCAACUUCUUCUUCAUGCUUAUGGGUGUGUGUUGCAUCUACUCGCUCUUCAACGUCAUCUCCAUUGUCAUCAAGCAGGUGCUCAACUGGAUCCUGGAGAAAAUGAGCUGCUUGUUUUGCCAGCGUUGCAAUAAAGCCCACACCUUCCUGGGCCGACGCAAUGCCAUCCGACCGGGCUCCAAGCGGCGCCAGAGUCGGAUUGGCCACCCGCCCGACUCUGAAGGACCUUGUGAUAGUGACACUGAGGGACGCAGACUAUCAGGGGAGAUGAUCUCUAUGAAAGACCUGGCAGCAUCUAACAAAGUGUCACUGGCCAUCAUGCAGAAGCAGCUGUCUGAAUCAGCUAAUGGAUACCCCAGAACAGUGUGUGGCAGCUCACGCCACAAUGGUUUCUCUGGGGGUGUCGGUGCUCUCGGUAUCAUGAACAACAGGCUGGCUGAGACAAGUAACUCCAGGUAGAGCACAGAGGAGAUAAUGUAUGAGGCUCCGGCUGUGUACAAACCCUGAGGCUGAGGAACAUUAAAAAAAAGGCUUUGGAAAUGGAUCAUCAGUGUAACUUGUUAUGCAUGAUACAUAUAAUUUUUGGGAUACUUUUGGAUACAGGCAGUGGUGGUGGUCUUGGCGAUGGUGGCAUGAAGAGAGAAGCUAAUCGGGAAACACAGGGACCACCCGUCACCCAAUUCACUGUCCCACAAACCCGAACCAGAACAAAUCGCUGAAUUGAUCUUAAAUAUCAGUGUAAGUCGAACGUUCUACUGUAAAGGAGCCAAGGGAAGUACACAGUGCAAUCUCGAUUAUUUGGAAAACUUGCCAGUUUAUUUGAAUGUACAUAUUUAUUACUGAUAUAAAUGGUGUAUCCACUGAAUGAUAUAGCACAUAUUGAUCUAUGCAUUAUACUUCUCAUGCAUUUUUUGCACCAUUUCUAGACGCUUUAUUGAUUGUGCAAUCCCGACUCUUUCUUGACAUGGGUCCAGUUUUACCCGCAGGUGAGUAGUUUGAUUUGUGGGGCAAACGUGGCAAGAAGAGUUUCUAAACAUGUCCGUGAUGCACCUGAUUGCGUCAGAGUUGUUGUGAGUGGAGGGUUUUAAAGAGAAUAAGGAGCCACAAAAAAGUAGUUCCCCAUUGUUUAAAAUGGAGAAGAAGAGCAGAGCUGAGUAAUUAAAUCCAUUUCUCAUGAGGCAGGAACUGGCCUUCUUAUCAGCUCCGAACAUGCUUUGGCGGCCCAGGACUACUUGAAAGGUAAAAAAGAAAGCCCCUUCCAGCUGUUUCCGUCUUUUUAUUUCAAGCUUACAGCUAUCUUUGAGGAAGCAAAUGAUAAAGGCUUGCGAGGUAUUAAUUACUCUUUGAAUGCAGACUGAAGACUCAGUGUUGUUGUUUGGUUUUGUUUGAAGAGAAAUUUGAGGGAGUGGAUGGAUACAAAAAUAUGAACGGUUUCAUCCCAUGAGCACAUAAUGUUGAAUAAUGCAGAUCAAAUGUAGCUGGGUCAGUCUCAGAGUUGUGAGCAAAAACAUGUAGACUCGACAUGAAGAUGGAUGCAGUCUUUCUCUUCGUCACUUGUAAUCAGGCACACAUUGGACACUGGUGUCCUCUUCAUCAUCUAUUUUACUCUAAGUGGGAACAUAAUUUACAAAAUUGACAUCACAUGCUUUUGAAGAAGACCCGAAACUAACGAUUGAGACAAUUAAGUCUUCAGGAAAAGGGAAUUUGUUCUGAGACUUCCAGUUUAAUUCCUGGGUCUCCCUUUUCAUAAAAAAAGACUCUACAUUAACUUUUAUGUUCAGUCUAUUAGGAAAACUCAAAACCCUAAUUUGAAAGAGACUUUGCAGAAUCUUUGUGAAACAAACAAGGCAUGACGUGAAAGUCCGCAGAGGCUAAACCUCCUUUUUUUAAUUGAGAGUGAAUUUGUUGUAGGGAUUCAAUGAAAUGUGGGUAUUUCCUGAGGAUAAGGUGCGUCCCUGUCAGGAUUUAUUUUCACCAGUAACAUUUCUUAGACGGCAUCUGCAUUUGAACACUGAGCGAUGGUGGAAUUUCUCCACAGCAAGACGGAGGAAAAGACACGGAUGGCGAAACUGUCUCUUUAUAUCCAUGUUCUCACACACAAUUCAAAUCAAUGGCGUCUCUAAUCAACUUGUCCAUCUCCAACAACUAAUUAUCCUUACAGGCUGCUUGCUUUGCUUUUUUUUCUGCACCAAAAUCCUACUGCUUCCUUUUCCGUUUGCAGAUCGGCUCUCUCCUCACGCUCGUCACCCCCCUACACUGUGAAUACGAGACAUGUCAUUAGCUGAAAAUAUUUCUUUACUCCCAAGUCUCACCUAGAGAAGAAUAGAGAAAAUUACUCAGGUAGUAAAAAUCUUCAGGCUUGUCUUAGUUUUUCCUGCAUGCCAUUAUGGCAAAGCCAUAUGAGAUAGAUGUAUAUAACAGAGGACUAUUUAACGUCUAUUUUUCUACUUACAGCAUAGCUUUCACUUAUCUACACGUGGACGAGUGAAGACGCCAUGUCUCGGAAACACGCGUCGGUCACCAGACCAACGAGAUGCAGCUUUCAGAACUUAACUACCCCAGACAUAAAGUGAACACAGGUUUUCCAACGGGUUUAAAGUUUUGGAAAUAUGCAUAUUCACUUUUGUUGCAGACGGUAAUGUGAGAAGAUUGAUAGCCCUCUCACAUCAGUACAGUGAAUAUGAAGCUAAAGCAGGUCAGUUUAGCAUAAAGAACACAUCGACUGCUGUUUGUAAAGUAUGAGGUUCCUUAGCUUUAGAAAACCUAGAUUAUUUUACACAUAAUCCUCCGUAAAGCAGUGAAUUGUCAACUACAGACCGUAAAGGUCCAGUGUGUAAGAAUGAGUGACAUCUAAUGGUGAGACCGCAGAAUUUAAUAUAGUAGAAUAGAAUAGAGUGAUUUUUUUUUUCAUUUUCAUAGUUAACUUCCAUUUUAGAAAGUGAAGUGCAUGCUCUGGCUAGUUUGUUCAGGCUGCUGUAGAAACAUAAACCAUAAACCUUGUAUAAAAUGGUUUAUUCUAAGGCUACAAUCACCUAAUUAUAGACUCGUACAAACAUACUUAUCGAUACUCUCUUCAAUUUCUGCCAAUAAACCGCACCUAAAUGUUCAACACCGGACAUUUAAGAGCCAGGUUUUCUUUUGUUUUGUUUUAGGUACCUUCAAGGAACUCUAGCUGCACGUCUAAAUCUAAACUUACAGCUCUUUUUUUUUAGUUUGAACAAUAUACAAUAUACAAUUCAUAAACAAACCAACUUUCAUGACUAUACUACUUGACCGUCUUUAUGCCAGGUUAAGCGAAUUAACUACUGGCUUUAGCUUCAUAUUAAUUAACACAUGUAUUUCCACAUAUGAACAUGUUGUUCUUUAAUAAUUCCCUCUAUAUCUUGGCUCCUAAACAAACAAAAAUAAAAAGAGAUAUUAGUGAUGUGACGUGACGCUUGCUUGGUUCAUAGUCAGUUGCCAGACUGUUGCAAACUGUGACAUUGCAGACACUGAACAGUCAAGGAUAUAAAUGGAGUUUGGUCAUGCAGUAGCAAAAUGACAUACUCUGUACUCUGUACUCUGUACUCAGCCUGUGUGAAGAAUAAUGAUUACCAAAUGAUGCUUUACAGUAUGUGAACCUUCAUUUUCCCUCUGAGGCUCAAGGUUUCAAGAUUGCGACCUGAUUUUUAAAAGCUCCCAUUGUACCCGUAACCUGACCUUCAACAAGGAGCAUGUGUGCGUGUGUCUGCAUUUGUGUGUAAAAGGACUGAAAAAGAAAAUUAAAGGACUGUGAACGUUACAUAUACAGUACAUACAUAAACACACACACUGAUUCUGUAGAAUGUCUAUUGAAAUAAAAUCUCCCUUCAAUCAGACACAUCCCGCUUUUAAGACGUCAGAUAUAUUUAAUGUUUGCUCACCUAAAAAUGCAUGCGUGUCUUGAAAUCAAAUGCCUUAUUUAGCCUUUGCAUAUAAGAAAAUGGUUCGUUAUGGAACAGAUCCUAGUGUGUAGAGCUUGUGUGUUGUAGUGUACAAUCCUUUUGCAUUUUGCAAAAUUGAUCUCCAUUGAUUGCAAUGGUUCUAACUGCUCCACUCAUGCUC